UGUAUUGGGGAGGAGAUGUGCAGGGAGGUGGAGGCGGAGUAUCCACACUGCACUGUAACAACAUGUUUGACGCUAGCAGAAAAACACUUCAGUAACUCUCAAGGCAAACUGAUAAUGUCAGCCUUCUUGUAGUUGUCAGAUAUUUUGAAGACGCACAGGGAAGCCAUGGUUCACUUGUCAGCAGGGUUGUUGGUAUUGUUUUCACUGCAGAGCUCAGCACUCAUCCCCCAAAAUGGUUCUAUGCCCUUCCUACGGACAUUUUCUGGUCACUUUGUGAUGGUCACUGAUGAGCCUAUUGACUACGUUGACCUGUCUGUGUUGGACAGUUCGAGGGAUGACGGGGGGUCAGGCUCAGGGUCGGAGCGGGAGCCGGUGAAAAAACAUGGCCCACACCGCCAGCCCCAGAAGCACUACUUUGUCUCAGAUGAAGCUAAAAGUUUCCUCCAGGGUCGCCUGGCAACAAGCUUUGUCCCCUCCGUUUACACCCUCGUCUUCAUCAUCAGCGUGCCCCUCAACCUUGUUGCCGUAGUGAUGUUUGUACAUCCCGUCCGUCCCAGAAAACCAGCGGUGAUCUACAUGUUGAACCUGGCCUGCGCUGACCUGCUGUUCGGCCUGCUCCUUCCCUUCAAGAUCGCCUACCAUUACCAUGGCAACAACUGGAUCUAUGGCGCCGUCAUGUGCAGAGUUGUUACAGCAGCUUUCUAUUGCAACAUGUACUGCUCUGUCCUGCUCAUGACGUGCAUCAGCAUUGACCGGUUCCUGGCUGUGGUGUACCCCAUGAACUCAUUGAUGUGGCGCAGCCCUCAGACGGCUUCAGCUGUGUGUGCUGCCAUGUGGCUGCUGGCCCUCGGAGGAGUAUCCCCUCUCCUCAUCUCAGGGCAAACCAUCCAUCUGUCAGACCUGGGCAUCACCACCUGCCACGAUGUGCAGGAUGUGGAAAAACUACAAGCGUACUACCUUUACUUCUUCCCCAUCUACUCCUCCAUCUUCUUCUUCAUCCCUCUUGUCUUCACUGCCGUCUGCUACGUGCGAAUCAUUCAGGCCCUGGCAGCAGCCAACGUGGAGAACCGCUCCAGGAAGACUCGAGCCGUGGUGAUGGCUGUGGUCGUCCUGGUGGUGUUCGUGGUCUGCUUCGCCCCCACCAACAUCAUCCUGAUGGUCCACUACGUCCAGCUGUCCCACAAGUCCAGCGACAGCUCCUACCAGGCGUACCUGCUCUCCAUGUGUGUGGGCAGCCUCAGCUGCUGUCUGGACCCAGUCCUCUAUUACUUUGCCUCCUCUCAGUCCCAGAAGCAGGUGGCGGCGCUGCUCAGAUGUAGGCGACUGGCACGAGCAGAAAGCAGCUCAAGAACACAGAGUACAAGGAUGAGCGAGCGGAGAGACAGCAGCAGGCCAUGCAAGGUGGAGAGCGCUCAAGCUGGACUGGGGAGCCAAUACAGCAGGCUGGUGGCUUAACUGAACUGUUUCUGAGAGACUUUUCAAACUUGCAUCCACAAUGUGUAUUUAAAUAAGGAAAUGGUUUAAUCAAGUCUGUCCAGUGCCUGGUAGUGCUGGACUUAUUAGCUGUUAAUUAUUUUGCUAUCAUGAAAUAUAUUCACCAGUAUGACAG